AUGUCCCGGCCGCGUGUGCUUGGGGUGGGUGCCAAACUGGCGGCGCCCGAUUCUGAGCUGGGAGAAGGACCCUGGAUGGACGACGUGAAACCGCAGCGAAGGGGGCAGCUGCCCCUGAGCAGUGAUGGGGCUGGAGGCCCAUCCCCAGGGGGACAUCGGGCCUACGGCCACUCCCUGGUGACCCUGCCCGAUGGACGAGUCUGCUACGCGGCGGUCCCUGAGGCUGUGGCCAGCGGGGUGGGGGCCCUCACGCAGCAGUGGUUGGAGGUGCAGCAACGUGGGGAGGGGGUGCUCCCCCUCCCCGAGAGGCACUCGGGGCCUGAGCAGCAGCAGCGGGGAACGGGCCCCGUGCAGCGUCAGGCCCCCUGCUGCGGCCCGGAUGGGCAGAGCCCCCGUCCCGAGGCCUCCUGA